GUUAGCCCAGAAAUAUCGCUGGAUUUCUCAAAACCAAAAAUCCUAGAUAGUACAGAAAUCACAGAUAGUGACCAUAAAAUACUAUCAACCAAUUGGCAAUUAGACACUAUAAUAAAAAUAGAAAGGACAAAACGAAAAUUCAGAAAAAUUUUUCAGUAUGACAAAAUGGAUAAACCGGCAUGGGAAGAUCUACAAUACUAUAUAGGUACACAUAUAGCAGCAUCUACAACUCUAAACAAACAAAUAAUAGAUGAAAUUAGCCUAAAUAAAGCUUGGAGAAAUUGGAGCAACAUAGUUAAACAAGCGCUAAAUAAAUAUGUACCAAAAAGAUAUAAAUGCCAGAAACAAUACUACUCUUAUACUUUCAAAGCUACAAAACUCCACUCAGCUUUAAAAGCAAUUGUCAAAGCCUUGACCCUGAUUAAUGCUAAUUUAGACCCAAAAAAUCACAACAAAAAAAGAGGAGGAGAUAAAACAGAUACAACAUUGGAUACUAAAUCAGAAUACACACAGACUAUCAAGAU